AUAACCAAGUAGACAAACCAUGGCCUUCUCCAAUCAAACACCAACAAUUGUUGUGCUUAAGGAAGGUACCGACGCCAGCCAAGGCAGAGGACAAAUUCUUACCAACAUAAACGCGUGUCUUGCCAUCCAAGAGACCUUAAAACCAACGUUGGGCCCAUUUGGAAGUGAUAUCCUUAUCGUCAACUCUCAGGGUAAAACCACCAUUUCCAAUGAUGGUGCCACCAUUUUGAAGUUGUUGGAUAUUGUCCAUCCCGCUGCUCAAAUGCUUGUUGAUAUCUCGAGAUCUCAAGACGCAGAAGUGGGUGACGGUACCACUACCGUCACUGUUUUGGCUGGUGAGUUGUUGAAAGAAGCCAAGACUUUUAUUGAAGACGGCGUUUCUUCCCAUUUGAUCACUCGUGGGUUUAGAAAAGCCUGUGAAUUGUGUAUGCACAAGAUUGAAGAAUUGGCCGUCGACGUUAGAAAGGAAGACGCCGACGAAUUUAGACAGUUAUUGGAAAGAUGUGCCAGGACCGCCAUGAGUUCCAAAUUGAUUAGUAACAAUUCUGAUUUUUUCACUAAAAUGGUGGUUGACGCCGUAUUAAGUUUAGACCAAGAGGAAUUGGAUGAAAAGUUAAUUGGGAUUAAGAAAGUUGCUGGUGGAUCCAUUGAAGAUUCCUUGUUCAUCGAUGGUGUCGCGUUCAAAAAGACCUUCUCAUACGCUGGUUUCGAACAACAACCUAAAUAUUUCACCAACCCAAAGAUUGUCUGUCUUAAUGUCGAAUUAGAAUUGAAGGCUGAAAAGGACAAUGCCGAAGUCAGAGUUGAACAAGUUAAAGAUUACCAAUCCAUAGUCGAUGCCGAAUGGAAAAUCAUUUUCAAUAAGUUAGAAGAAAUCACCUCCACCGGUGCCAACAUUGUGCUUUCAAAAUUACCAAUUGGUGAUCUUGCCACCCAAUAUUUCGCUGACAGAAACAUAUUCUGUGCUGGUAGAAUAUCUCAUGAAGACAUGGACAGAAUAACCAAGGCCAUUGGAGGAAACGUUCAAUCUACCUGUUCCGACAUCACUCCUGCUGACCUCGGCACUUGUGCCACUUUUGAAGAGGUCCAAAUUGGUGGUGACAGAUAUAACCUUUUCAAGGGAUGUCCUGAAGCUAAGACAUGUACAUUGAUCUUGAGAGGGGGUGCCGAACAAGUCAUUGCUGAAGUGGAACGUUCCUUGCAUGAUGCCAUCAUGAUUGUCAAGCGAGCCAUUUCUAACCAUACCGUUGUUGCUGGUGGUGGUGCCAUUGAAAUGGAACUUUCUAAAUAUUUACGUGAUUAUUCCAGAACUAUUGCUGGAAAGCAACAGCUUAUCAUAAGUGCUUUCGCUAAAGCAUUGGAAGUUAUCCCAAGACAACUUUGUGAAAAUGCGGGGUUGGAUGCCAUUGAAUUAUUAAAUAUCUUGAGAAGUUCACAUGCCAAGGGUGAAACCUGGUAUGGUAUUGAUUUCCAAAAGGAACUGGUGGGUAAUAAUAUGAAAAAUUUCAUUUGGGAACCAGCUUUGGUUAAGAUAAAUGCAAUUUCAAGUGCUACCGAAGCCGCCACUUUGUUGUUGUCUGUUGAUGAAACUAUUAGAAAUGAUGAACAAGAACAAGCUGGUCCUCCACAAGGUAGAGGUAGAGGAGCUUUCUAAGUUAUAUAGAUCUUUUUAUUUUAAUAAAGGUAGGUACUAUCCAGGAGCUGUCUACAUCAAGUAUUAUUUUUUUAAAAAAAAAUCAAACAUAUAAUAAAGACAAUUGUAUCUAU